ACCGCUCUCCUGCCCUUCCGAACGGAAGCGUUUCUUGCCGCGCAUCGAGAAUCUCGGAGCGGCCUCACCAUCGCGAGACGUCCGCGUCCCCACCGCAUGUGGAGCACCGAAAACAGUCGGGUCAGCGCCGGGCUCCGAGGGCAUCGCUGGCACUCAGCCGACCCAAACGCUAACCGAACCCUUUUCCCGAUCUCGAAGCGUAGCGCGGGAUCGCCUGCUCCAGCGGUUUCACUGGGCCGCCGAGCCCUGGCAUGCGCAAGGGGCGGGGGACGGGCACUGGGCGCCCGCCGCUUGCCUGAAGCAACGCGACGGGGAGGGCGCUCCGCGGGAGCUCCGCGGAAGCGGCACGUUCGUUGCCAACGUUCUGGCAAAGAAGGGGAGAGAGAGAGAGGGGAGAGAAAUAAAAACGAGAAGGAAAAAGAGAGAGAGAGAGAGAGAAAGCGAAAGAGAGAGAGAGAGAGAGAGUGCGAGCGACGUCUCUCACCACAGCUCACCACGGCACCGCUGGCUCCGCAGACCGCCAGGCGCCACAGCCGUGGCCUCCAUGUGACGCGGCCAGGUCGCAGAGGCAGCGUGCAGCAGGGAGACGCGGAAGCGAGUCCAGGCGCGGGUAAGGCACGCAUGGCAGCUAGAUGGUGGCACCGGACUACUGUGCAUGCGCCUGUUCGACGCGAGGGCCCUCAUCAGUUGGCAGGCACUCGUCAACAUUGGCGAUGGUGCCCCGAGCAUCCCCGCCCCAGCGGCGAGUCCUUCGAGAAGACCUGCCCUGGCGCUACUGAGAAGACACCCCCCUGCACUAUAUGCUCGCUCGGGUCCUCGGCCUGUCUCAACAUAAUCAUAAACUUUUCGGAGGCCCGCGCGGAUAUCUGCGCGGGACCCUUCCCCUCCCUGGCGCGCGGAGCGCGCCUGGGGUCCAGUGCCGACCCAAGAAAUCUGCGCGGACCACCGACAAUGUAUGCUCAUGCCGCUUGCCCUUUCUUCGGCCACUGGCAGCGCACGACCACUGGGCAAUGCUGCUCUCGGCGGGCCUACAGACAAGAACCCGUCGAUGAGCUUACCCAAUGCCGUGCCGCCGUAGAUGCCUCCCAAAUGGGGUCCGCCCCCCCCUCACCCCUGCAGGCCAGCUGCCGCCGUCUCCGCUCGCCCUCGAGGCGGCCCGCCAGAGGCACUACUCGCCCGGGCCCUCGGCCUCACUGGCCGCGGAGCACACGAGGCGCUCGUGCGCGGCGCGCCCCCUGCGGAGGCGGCCGGCGAGCGCCGCCGCGGCGGCGAGCGCCGCCAGGGCGCCCGCAGGCGCGAGGGCGGGCCAACCUGGCGACGGGGGCGGCCGGCAGGCCGCCGCCGUCCUGGAGCGGGGCGCGGGAGGACGUGCGGCUCUGGCGGCCAGGCCAGGCCCCUCCCCUCGCGCGCGCGCGUGCGGCCGAGGGCACCCCGCGGCGAACGCCUCCGCCGCCCCUCGGCCGAGGCGGCCCCAGGACCAACGGCUUCUGCGGGACCGUUCGCGUCGUCCUUGCGUGGCCGACGCAUAUAUAAUGUAAAUAUGUUUGGACGGUGCCGAUUGGGCAUCGUUUAACCAAUCCUCAUCCCCAGUGGCGCGGCCUGGGCCCCACUGGCCGAUUCGCCCGCCUAGAGGGGAUACGUACAGGCUGCUCCGCUCAGCUUUCAAGAGGCCUAUCCCAGACAGGGUGUGCUGGCAUGGUGGGGCUGAGAUACCAUGGCCCAGUUGAGAUGGGGAUACGCUGGAGGAUACUGAGUCCUGUUUGGCGGCACGCACAAGAGAAGCAAGCAGCGGCAUCGGCGUACACUUUCGAACGCAUUUG